AUGGAUCGAACUGUUUGGGGACGUCUAUCAACGGCUCUCAGUCGUGAGCAAAUGAUGAGUGAACUAUCCAUGUGCAAUACAAUUGAGUGCUUUCUAAGGUUGAUGGACAAUACGACGAUGAGAAAUUGUACUUAUCGUUAUUCGUCUUCAGAUAGCAUAACAUCAAUUGCCUUAUGGAUAGAUGGUCCUUGCACAUGUAUAGCUGCCUUAUUAUCCUUAAUUGGAGCUCAUUUCGCUGUUCGAUUCUUGAACAGAGCCGGUCUUAAUAAAGAUUUAACGGCUGCAUUAUUCUCAUUAUGUUUGAUUGAUGUUAUGCUUAUGAUAACCGUCGUUCUCUUUUAUUGUAUAGAAGCAAUAGGAGUCUUACUAACAGGAUCAAAUAUUAUGUAUCAACAUCAAGCUUUUACAAGCAGCUUACAUGGUGUAGCGAGCAGCUUAACAACAUCAUCUACAAUGCUCGUCAUCUACAUCACAUUUCUUCGUUUCAUGGUAGUUAUGAGGCCAUUACGAUAUGCACGACAGUACUCUUCACGCGGACACAAAACGGGUUUUACGAGUGGAAAACAGAGAAAAUCAUGUUCGACACAGGAAGAUCUCACACCACCCAUGAUUACAAUUCGCUCAUAUUCACGUAUAUCUACCAAACAUCCAAUUGAAAUCAAGAAAGUGCUGAAGCCUUACCUACUUCCAGGACUUGUUAUUCUCUUUAGUUUUGCCGUUAAUAUUCCUGUUUAUUUUGAAUUUACCGUUGAUAAAUGCUUUGAUGUGGAGCAAAAUGAAGAAGCUUCUUGUCCUGCACCAACGGUCUUUCGCUCUUCGUUUACAAGAUAUAAAGCUGUCCUAAUGACGUUGACUCAGACGGUCGGUCCAGUAGCUACAAUUCUUAUUUUGACGUUAAUGACGGAAUACCGAGUUCACAUCAGCUUAAAAGCCAGAAGAAAGUUAUUCGAAAGUCAACAGCGAAGUCGUUCCGUCGUCUUGUCAGAAGAAUUGAAAGAGAGAGUCUCAAGAACCGUCGCUAUAUUCAUAGCAAUCAAAUUUCUCAUACUUCGAUCAAUGCCGGUUUUCUUUGAUGUUUAUGAAAAUUUAUAUGGAAUUGAAUCUUUUGGUGUAUUUUUAUCCAUUUUGGUCCGUGUUUCGGAUUUCAUGAUUGUCCUGAACUCCGCUACCAACUCUUUAGCCUAUUUUGGAAAGAAAAGAUGGCUUGAAAAACGAUUACGACUUCGUCUGUUGAAAAAAGAACAAAAACGAAUUCAAAAAGCUAGUGGUGGCAGUGAUCGUCGGCCUAGUUGUCAAAACGAACGCAAAGGUACGGUGGUUGCGAUGAAUGGAACGUUCCGCCAAAUAUCAACAAAUGAAUUUUCUGGCAAGCUGUUAGAAAAGGAAACAUCAGAUUAUGUGUGA